AUGGGCGCUCCUCUCGACCCCAACCGCAUCCUCUCGAUCCAAUCGCACGUCGUCAGCGGCUAUGUCGGCAACCGCGCGGCCACGUUCCCCCUCCAAAUGCUGGGAUAUGAUGUGGACGUGGUGAACACUGUCCAGUUCUCCAACCACACAGGAUACGGGCACACGAACGGACACAAGACGACGCCCGAACAGCUCACGGCCAUCUUUGAGGGCCUGUUUACCAACGGCCUCGUCGCCCAUGCACGCGUGUUGACUGGAUACAUUCCGGGAGCCGAGUCGCUGGCCGUGGUGGGGAAGCAGGUCGAGCGCAUGAAGAAGGACGGCGGCGAAGCGCUCACUUAUCUUCUGGACCCUGUCAUGGGCGACAUUGGCACGGGGUUGUACGUCAACCCAGACGUUGUGCCAGUGUACAAGGACCUUCUCAAGCUCGCGACCAUCAUCACCCCCAACCAGUUUGAGACUGAGCUGUUGUCCGAUGUCAAGAUCACCUCGCUCGAGACCCUCCACCAAGCAUUGACCGCCCUGCACACCACCUAUGGUGUCCCGCACGUGGUUGUGUCGUCUAUCCCCCUCCCCAUCUCCCUCGUGUCGUCCAUCGGCGUGCCCGCCCCUCCCCAAAGCUACACACGCCUGCUCCCUGCCGCCCGCCCACCAUGGUACGACGCUGUUGGCGUGGGAGAGCCCGACGACGAGGUGCUCGUGUGCUUUGCCAGCACGUACAAGUCGGACGGUACACUGGAUACACACGCGUUUGCGCUCCCUACCAUCCGCGGCUACUUUUCCGGCGUCGGCGACCUCUUCUCGGCCCUCGUCCUCGGCCACUACAACCACCCAGAGGCAAAAUCCACCUUGCCGCCAUUGGCGCACGCCGUCUCCCGCGCGCUCUUGACAGUGCAGCAGAUUCUGCUCCGCACGCACCUGUACUCGCUCACGGUCGCCGCGUCGGGCACGGCCACUCCUCGCCCAUUGCACGAAGGCGAGACGAACCCCGACUCGGUGAUUCCCUCGGACGCAGAGCUCGACGACGCCCCACCACUCAACCCCAGCGACCCGAAGCGCAAGGCUCGCCGUAUGCGGCUGCGUGAGAUGCGUGUGGUGCAGGAACGCGCACUCAUCGUCGACGGCGGCGAGGGCUGGCCGGGCGUCAAGGUCGACUGGGACGCGGUCAAGCUUGGCAAGGCAUAA